UGUGCGGGAGCGUUGGGCACACACGCCGCUCUCUCCACCACAUCGCACCACUGCGGUAGGAGCGGGGAAGGCAGCAGCAGAGAGGGGGGGACCAGGCAGGCACAGUUCACUUGUUCCUGCACGGAAACAACCCCGGUGGCGAGAUCGUCAGCUCUGCCGACUUUUAACACAGGUGGACUUCAUCUGAGAGGACAUCAACAGAUCCCAGGGCAAUCCCACAGCCCAGCGAGAGCGAAGCAGAGACAACUUUUGACUAUUGCUCCGUGAUUUGUUUUGUUUACCACACCUCCGUAACCUUGGAAGUCAGACCUGUUAAUUGUGAGAGGAUGGGACCGCUACUCCUCUCCAUCGCCCUGUGUUUGGGCGCCGCUGUCCCGCAGCAUGUGAUAGCAGCAGAUGGUGAGGAACCAACUUCAGCAGGCCCUUGCCAUCCAAACCCUUGCCACAACAGAGGGACAUGUGAGAUCAGUGAGACCUACAGGGGAGACACCUUCAUUGGUUACGUCUGCAAGUGUCCACUGGGCUUCAGUGGAGUUCACUGCCAACACAAUAUUAACGAAUGCGAAAGGGACCCAUGCAAGAACGGAGGCAUUUGCACAGAUCUGGUUGCCAACUAUUCCUGCGAAUGCCCAGGGGAAUACAUGGGGAGGAACUGUCAAUACAGAUGCUCUGGACCACUGGGCAUGGAGGGCGGCAUAAUCUCCAACCAGCAGAUAACAGCCUCUUCCACCCACCGCGCUCUCUUUGGCUUGCAGAAGUGGUACCCGUACUUUUCCCGCCUCAACAAGAAGGGCCUGGUGAAUGCCUGGACUGCUGCCGAAAAUGACAGAUGGCCAUGGAUCCAGAUAAACCUGCAGAGGAGAAUGAGGGUCACAGGUCUAAUUACCCAGGGUGCAAAGCGUAUCGGCAGCCCGGAGUACGUCAAGUCUUACAAAGUAGCCUACAGUGAUGACGGGAAAACCUGGAGAACAUACAAAGUCAAGGGCAAAGAUGAUGAUAUGAUUUUCAGAGGAAACGUCGAUAACAACGCCCCAUCAGCCAACUCCUUCACCCCUCCCAUUGAAGCCCAGUACGUGCGCAUUUACCCCCAAGUCUGCAGGAGGCACUGUACCUUACGCAUGGAGCUGCUUGGUUGUGAGUUGACAGGCUGUUCUGAACCACUGGGAAUGAAGUCAGGCCAUAUCCAGGACUACCAGGUCACGGCUUCCAGCCUCUUCAGGACGCUCAACAUGGACAUGUUCACUUGGGAGCCUGGAAAGGCUCGGUUGGACAAACAGGGCAAGGUCAAUGCUUGGACUGCUGGACGCAGUGACCAGUCACAGUGGCUACAGGUGGACUUGCGUGUGGCUACCAAGGUCACAGGUAUAAUCACCCAGGGAGCUAAAGACUUUGGCCAUGUCCAGUUUGUUGGCUCAUACAAACUGGCAUACAGUAACGAUGGAGAGCGGUGGAAAAUAUAUCAAGAUGAGAAACAGGGGAAGGACAAGGUAUUCCAAGGGAACUUUGACAACGACACACACCGAAAGAAUGUGAUAGAUCCACCCAUCUACGCUCGACUCAUCCGGAUCCUUCCCUGGUCAUGGUACGGCAGGAUCACUCUGCGUGCAGAAGUACUCGGAUGCACAGAGGAAGAGUGAAGUCCUUUUCUUCCAUCUUUAUUGCCAUUCCCCCUUGUCCCUUGGCAUACUGGAGUAUCUCACCCGGUAUUUCAAAAAUGAACUGUGCAACCUGUAAAAAGAAAUCAAUUUCAAAUGGAUUUUUCAAGAAUACGUGUUUGGUUGUGGUGGGUUGCUGUUUGUUCUUUUUUGUACAAUGAUUUAAAACCUGCCCUUGAUCACUUUUGUCUUUCAGUUUCCUCCUUAAAGCGUGAUCUUUCUGUCUUUUUAUUCUUCUCAAGAUUUACCAUCCUGUUUGGAAUUAACUUCUGUAAUAUACGUGGGAGGGGCGGGGUGGAGUCGGAGAGGGGUUCCCCCUGUGGUUUUAACUUGUUGCCAUGGAAGCUAUUGUACAGUGUCACUUUUUAACAAAGAUGUGAAAUCUGUCUGCCGUGCUUCAUUGGACAUAAUUAACCAACUUCAUACCAUAACUAGACUGUCUAAAAUACCAUGUAGAGCUCACACAUUAUUAUCACUCUCUCAAACAUAUUUUGACUUUAAUUACGACACUUACUCAAGCCAUGCUUUUACCCUAAUGGACACUGGCAUUACGACAUCAAUCAAAACACUAUUAAUGCUCUUGUAUUAUAUGUAAAAGACUAAGAAAUUGCAUGGUGCGUGAAUUAUAAAUGUAUAUUCUGACAAAUCAUUUAAAACCUCCAGCCCUGAGAGCAAUGGCUUUGAUUUAGGGACCUAUUUUUAUGUGCAUUUUUAAAUAGUUCUGAAACAUUACAACACACUGCAAAAGUUUACUGACGAUAACUGAUAUGUGAGACAAUAAACAAGCACUGCAGUUAAACGCACUGCAGCCCUGACGCUGAGGCUUGAAGGCUGUCUCCAGCUGAAUUGUCUCAAAGCUCUCUUAAGGAGUUCCACUUUUUAUUUGUCCUUGAUUAUCACUACACUUUUUCUAAGAUAUUUGGAACUAUUGUUUGUGCUUGUUCUAUUUUGUAUUUAUUUUGAUUUAUUUGUCUCAGCUGUCAGACGCAUAAAUUCUGUGUUUAUUGUCUGUGUUGUCUUGGAGAUCUAAGUUGUAUAAAUUACAAAGCUCAGGAUAGAUACCAUUCAUAAUAAUAACCCACAAAUGAAUCAUUUUUG